AUGGUAUUCUAAGUGUUAGAGUGUGGAGAGGAAGAAAAUAGGGUUGAUAGGAGAAAUGGAUGGGGAUUUAGAGAUCGAGGUUAUUUUGAUUUAUUUGUGAUUGGUGAUUGGGAUGGUAAUAUGGUUGUUGGUUUGAGGGAGGAGAGUGAAAUGAAAUAGUUAUUGGAUUCAGAUGAGGGUAUUAUGGAGAUUAAAACAUGA